CUUUGGUCCCAAAUUUGAAGUACAAAGUGGGAUAACGGCAAAAACAAACAGAUAAAGAAGCCAAAAAAAUCUGAGUUUGGAUAGGAAAAAAAUGGAGUUUAGAAGGGCAAAUCGGAGCGAUGUUCAUGUGAGUGUAGAGGAAGAAGCUCAAAUGGAAGAAGAAACCAGAGAUUAUUUUGACGGGUUAGCUCCGAAACGACACACCAAGCCUCAACGCAGUGAAUAUUCAGCUCAGUAUGCUGAUUCCGAUUCAAAUUCUGAAACUCCGAUCCCUGAACUUGUAGAGUUUCAACGCCUUGAAGCUCAACCUCAGAAACUAAGUUGCAAUGGAAAAGGUGAAGUUGGGGAGGAAUUUGUGGAGACAGAAUACUACAAGGAUCUCAAUUGCAUUGAUAAGCACCACCAUACGACAGGAACAGGGUUCAUAAAAAUGGAGGAUGCAAAUGAAAAAGGGUUCAGUCUAGCAUCAGAUUCAGUAACCUCUUGUCACGCCUCAAGCAAAGGCAAUCCGGCAACUAACGACUGGAUUCCAGCUGCUUCUUCUGAUACUGUCACAUUUCCUUCAGACAAGCCCAAAAGGAGUGACAAUUAACUGAUUCACUGUCUCAUUUGUUCCACUGCUUAUUGUAUAAUUUUGUGAUUUCAAAAAUGUGUAGUAUUGUUGCAGCUCGUUUGCUAAUUUUUAUUCUGUGUUUGAGUUGGAUUAUGAUAUGAAUUCUGCAAUCCCUAUAAAUCAGAUCUUGUUUUUGUUUAA